ACCGAAUCAACAACGCAAAAUGAGGGCAGAGCAUCUUGGUCAACUGUGCAAACGCUGUAGCGUACAUGAGGCCACGCUUACUGUGCGAAAUGAGCCACUCUGCAAGGAAUGUUUUUCAAAAUACAUUCAUACUAAAGUGGUGAAGCGGAUGGAGGCCUUUCGCACGAGACAUGCUUCUGCUACUCAAGAACGCAAGCUUCUUCUCCCAAUCUCUCUUGGUGUGUCAUCAGUAACCCUACUUCAUAUCCUAGAUCGCCAUCUUCAAGGCCAGAAGCAAAAAACUGGUCGUGUGGGAUUUUCGUUACACGUGUUGUACGUCAGAUCGCCGGAAAGGACAGAUGAUCUAGCAAUCAAAUUCAAUGCUGUGAAAGAAGCAUAUCCAAAUCACACUUUUUCCAUGAUUGAUUUGGAGACUCUUUUCACCGAGAAAGAAAACCUAAGGACUAUCCUGGACAGCUUACCCUCUGCAACCUCGGCGGCAGAUGUUCUAUCAAUCUUACAAAAAAGACUGGCCGUCGAGUUCGCAAAACUUCACUCAUGCGAAGGUAUCCUCUGGGGAGACUCCACGACCAAACUCGCAGAGAAAGUAUUGGUUGAAACUUCCAAAGGGCGUGGUUUCUCCCUCCCGUGGCAAGUAGGGGACGGUGCCUCGCCCUACAGUAUCCCUUUCUACUAUCCCAUGCGAGACGUCCUCAAGAAGGAACUUAUUGCCCACUCUCGGCUUACAGACCCACCUCUAGCGCUACUUAUGGACACAAGGGUGUUUGAAACGACGCAGGCUCCGCCGAGCGCAAAGGACACGACGAUAGACGUGGUGAUGAAGGGUUAUUUCGAGGACGUGGAGCAGAGUUUCCCAAGCGUCAUAAGUAAUGUCGUGAGAACGACGGAGAAGCUCAUUGCUCCAAAGGCAAAGGAGGAUGUUGCCCGGUGCAGGCUAUGCGUACUGCCUCUUCCAGAGGGAAGAUCAGGAGUUCGGGAUUGGGGCGGACAUCAAGAAGAGCAGAACGAGCCAGAUCCCGGGACUAGACUUUGCUACGGGUGCUCAAGGUCGAUUCCAGAAAGGCUCAUUCCAUUAUUACCUUGAACACCGGUCUUUCGAGUUGGACUUUACGCAAACCCACGCUACGACGAGCACGUUCAAGUCUGCUUUCACAUCCACACACCAUGUUUCAAGAUAAUCCCUAUAGUUCAACCAUCUCUAGAAUACUGGUUCAAUUUACUAAGUCUUCCCCAAUGCACAUUGUAAGGUUCAUAGAAUCAGUUCUUGCAAGGGUAAAGUACAUGGGUCCACAAUGGCGGCUCGAUAGUCUUAAGCCAAAUCGAAGUGAACAUAUUAUAGAGAUACCUAGCACAUAAAUUGCCAAAGAGCGGUGACGAGC